AUUUUUAUAUAUAUUUCAAAGCUCAUUUCUGGUAUUUCAUCUGUUUCCGGUUUGUUGAAAAGCCUUUCAAGUCACCGAGCGCGUGCACCCAGGAAGCAGGUAACAUUAGCAGCAGCUACAUCGAGGAGGAGUCUGCUGGGUGACUUCCAGCAGCUCCUUGUGGCCACCGCCUUCUUUUUUUUCUUUUCCUCCUCCUUCUCCCUCUCCUCUGCUCCCUCCCUGUCUCUCCUCCGCGACUGCAGCAGCCCGGUCGGUGCCUCCUGGAUCCAUGAAGAAAGCCGCCUGCACGGCUCCUCCCCGCCGCGAUGGGCCGCGAGCUUCUCACCGUGUUGACGUGUUGAUGCUGAGAUAUUUUAGUGAUCAAAUAUGAAUCAUGCAUUUGAUAUUUCUGGCCAACUUGCUCGUCAGCAUCCUUUCGCCUUGGCUGCAUCCAUCGCUAGCGUCAUUCGUUUCUCAAGGAGUAGAGGACGAGGCUGAGAAGGACGCAGUGCCGCUAUUGCUGAAGCAACAGGCAACUGCAGCACCUGCUACAGAGUCCACAUCGCAGCAUGCAGCAGAGCAUGUGAUCACCUACCCCUCACGGUUGAUCUACUACCUUAACGAGGACUCAGAGAGCACCUAUCAUGACCUGGACACCCGGACGCAGAACCAAGUUGCAGAGGGCCAGGCAGUCCAUCUUGCUCAAGCCAGUUUUCAGUUAGAGGCCUUUGGCUCCAGAUUUAUUCUGGACCUCACAUUGAACAAUGGCUUGUUGUCUUCAGAUUAUGUGGAGAUCCACUUUGAAGGAGGCAAACCAGUUCUGUCAAAGGGUGGUGAGCACUGUUACUACCACGGCCAGGUGAGAGGGAACAACAACUCCCGCGUGGCACUAUCCACCUGCAAUGGGCUGCACGGACUGUUUGACGAUGGCGUCUACAUGUAUCUGAUUGAACCUUUACAACAGACUCAUUCAAUCGAUACAGCUGCAAGGCCCCACACCCUAAAAAGAACACCCUCCCUCCAGCAGAGCAGUGAUCCAGAGGAGCCGGCAGAGGAGGACCAGCUGUUUACAGAGCUGGAUGACUUAUCCUGGCUGAAGCGCAGGAAAAAACGAGCAAUGCCUCGUAAUAUAUUUGAGGAAAUGAAGUAUUUGGAGGUGAUGAUUGUCAGUGAUCACAAUAUGUAUAAACGACAGAAAACCAAGCAGCAAACUCGGAAUUUUGCCAAGAAUGUAGUCAAUCUCGUUGAUGCUAUCUUUAAAGAGCAUCUGCAUACUCGUGUAGUGCUAGUUGCCGUGGAGAUCUGGACUGAUAAAGACCCCAUCCCCAUCAGCGUGGAGCCUCUAAAAGUGCUGCGGGAUUUCUCCAAGUACCGCCAACAGAGCAUCAAGCACCAUGCAGAUGCCGUGCACCUCUUCUCAAAUGUGACCUUCCAUUAUCCCAAAAGCAGCGUGGCAUACUUUGGUGGCAUGUGCUCUCUGAGCCGUGGAGUCGGGGUCAGUGAGUACGGCAGCACCAUGGCCAUGGCAGUGUUUCUGUCACAGAGCCUGGCACAGAACCUGGGCAUCCAGUGGGACCCAGCAUCCAAGAGGAAGGAAUGCGGUUGUGCUGAUUCCUGGGCAGGCUGCAUAAUGGAGGACACUGGAGUGCAACACUCACGGAGAUUCUCCAAAUGCAGCAUCUCUGACUACAAGGAGUUCCUUUUAAAAGGCGGCGGCUCGUGUCUGUUUAACAGGCCAACCAAGCUCUUUGAGGCAACAGAAUGCGGGAAUGGAUUUGUAGAAUUAGGAGAGGAAUGCGACUGUGGAGCGAGAGCAGAAUGCUACAAGGAAUGCUGCAAGAAGUGCUCCCUUGCCAACGGGGCUCAUUGCAGUGAUGGUCCAUGCUGCAACAACACAUGUCUGUUCUAUCCACGAGGGUACAGUUGCCGCUAUGCUGUGAAUGACUGCGAUAUCUCAGAGACUUGUUCUGGGGACUCUGGACAGUGCCCUCCAAACCUGCAUAAACAAGAUGGUUACCUCUGCCAUCUAAAUCAGGGUCGCUGCUAUAAUGGAGAGUGCAAGACACGAGAAAACCAGUGCAAGUACAUCUGGGGGUCAAAAGCAGGAGGCUCGGAGAAAUCCUGCUAUGAGAAGCUAAACACGGAGGGAACGGAGAAGGGAAACUGUGGAAAAGAUGGAGAUAGAUGGAUCCAGUGUAGCAAACAUGAUGUGUUUUGUGGUUACCUUUUGUGUGCCAACAUUGGCCACAACCCACGCAUCGGAGAGAUGAAAGGAGAAAUUACUCGCACCUCCUUCAACCAUCAAGGCAGGCUGGUAGACUGCAGUGGUGGUCAUGUUCUUUUGCAUGAUGAGACCGACGUAGGCUAUGUGGAGGAUGGAACUCCCUGUGGGCCGUCGAUGAUGUGCCUUGACCACAAGUGUCUGCCCAUCCAGUCACUUAAUGUGAGCACCUGCCCGACAGGACCUAAUGGGCAGGUGUGCUCUGCUCAUGGGGUGUGCAACAAUGAAGCCACAUGCACUUGUGACAACUGGGCAGGGACAGAUUGUAGCAUGCCUGACCCGCCUAAAGAGCCCGAAGCCACUCAGGAUGAAGGACCCAAGGGUCCUAGCGCCACCAAUCUAAUAAUAGGCUCCAUCGCCGGAGCCAUCCUUGUGGCUGCCAUAGUGCUGGGGGGGACUGGAUGGGGCUUUAAGUAA